AGUAGCCGGCCAGCCGGUGCGCAUGCGUCAGGUCUUGGGCUGGAGCCUGGCAAGGCGGAUCCAUUCAGAGGCCCCACUGGGCCCACCGGAAUGAUGCUCAGAGUCCGCUAGUCCCAGAGGUUCUCCUCAAUGUGUUUACCGUGUGCCAAGGACUGUGCUAUGCAUGAGCCCGACAGUGGUGAGGAAAACACAAAGCCCUGUCCUCCUGGCACUCCCGGUACAUAAGGGAACAGACAAAAAAAUAAGCGAGUAACAUAUAUAUAUAUAUAUGUAUAUAUACACACACACAUAUUUACAUAUAUAUGUAUGUAUAUAUAUAAUAUUAAAGAAAUUCUGGUGGAGUUCGAGUUCCAUCGGCCCCCAUCCGGGCCACCCUGCCGCCUUAGUGGCUGCUCCUCCCCAGAACGCUGAUGCCUAAGAAGAACCGGAUUGCCAUUUAUGAACUCCUUUUUAAAGAGGAAGUCACGGUGGUCAAGAAGGAUGUCCACAUGCCUAAGCACCUGGAGCUGGCAGACAAGAAUAAUGUGCCCAACCUUCACGUCAUGUGGUCCCGAGGCUACUACGUGAAGGAACAGUUUGCCUGGAGACAUUUCUACUGGUACCUUACCAAUGAGGGUAUCCAGUAUCUCCGUGAUUACCUUCAUCUGCCCCUGGAGAUUGUGCCUCCCACCCUACGCCGCAGCCGUCCAGGGACUGGCAGGCCUGGGUCUAAAGUUCUGGAGGGUGAGCGACCUGCAAGACUCACAAGAGGGGAGGCCGACAGAGAUACCUACAGAGGGAGUGCUGUGCCCCCUGGUGCCGACAAGAAAGCCGAGGCUGCGGCUGGGUCAGCAACCGAAUUCCAGUUUAGAGGCGGAUUUGGUCGUGGACGCCGUCAGCCACCUCAGUAA